CUACUAUACCAGCUAGAAAAACGGCAGCGUGAUCUCUCCCAGAAUUCUCUCUGCUCCUGCUGCAAAUAUUUGCCCUCACUAAAAUGGAAGAGUUGCUAAAAAAGUUGGCCAUAGAAUUGUACGAUGUCCAGGCUCUGAAAUUCGGAGAUUUUAAAAUGAAACUCGGCUUAAGAACGCCGGUAUAUUUCGACCUGCGAGUGAUAAUUUCAUACCCGAAACUAAUGUCUAAUUUGGCGAAAGCUCUGUGGACUCUUCCGGAUGAUGUUACAAAAGUAUCUCAAAUUUGCGGAGUUCCGUACACAGCGUUGCCAUUAGCCACCCUGAUCUCAGUUGACAACGGGAUUCCAAUGUUAAUGAAGAGAAAGGAAACAAAAUCGUAUGGUACAAAGAAGCUGAUCGAGGGUGUGUUUUCGCCUGGUGAUAAUUGUGUGAUCAUCGAGGAUGUCAUCACAAGUGGUAGCAGUAUUCUGGAAACCGUUGAUGCUUUGAAGAAGGAACAUCUGAUUGUAACAGAGGCAUAUGUGGUAAUCGAUAGAGAGCAAGGUGGCAGAAAGAAUCUUGAGAAUCAUGGAAUCAAGGUCAAGAGUUUAUAUGUAAUCACGCAGCUCACGCAGUAUCUUCUUGAGGCUGGAAAGAUCACGCUGGAAGUUGUCAAGAACGUUGACAAUUAUCUGACAAAGAAUCAGGCACCGACCGUUUCCAUUCAAGGCAGUAUAGCUAUAUCAGAUGACAGAUUGAAGCUGCCAUACUGUAAACGCGCAAAAUUAGCAAAAAAUCUAUUGGCCUCGAAAUUGCUGGAACUAAUGGAGUCUAAGCAAACCAAUCUCUGUCUGGCGGCCGAUCUGAAAAAGACGGACGCGAUUUUAGAAUUAGCGAACAUAGUUGGGCCUCACAUCGCUGUGCUGAAAACUCACAUAGAUAUCAUAGAAGAUUUUAACGAGAAUUUUAUUCUUCAGCUAAAGGAACUAGCAAAGCGGCACAAGUUCCUACUGAUGGAGGAUCGCAAGUUUGGCGAUAUCGGCAACACGGUGUCGUUGCAAUACAGAUACGGUUUAUAUAAGAUCGCCGAAUGGGCCGAUUUGAUCACAGUGCAUCCGGUAUCCGGUGCGUCUAUCAUUGACGCGCUAAAAAAAGGUCUGGAGAACAUCAUGGAACCUCGCGGCAUUUUCCUCGUCGCCGAAAUGUCUUCCAAAGGUGCAUUGACCACCGGUGAUUACCUGAAAAGCGCAGUGUCGAUAGCGGAGGAGGCUUCUGACCUGAUAGUCGGCCUCGUGUCUCAAUCCAAUCUCUCUGUGCAACCCGGGCUACUUCAAUUGACGCCUGGCGUCAAGUUAUCCAAGAGCGAUGAUGGGUUAGAUCAACAAUAUAAUAAUCCGGAAUCGGUUAUCAAUUCAGGUGCCGAUUUGGCUGUUGUCGGUAGAGGUAUCACGGAAGCUUCUCACGGUUUUUUAAAGGCUACUUUAGAAUACAAAAAACAGCUCUGGAAUGCAUACGAGAAACGAAUAAAUUCAUCCGAUAUGUGAUAAUAACAUAUAUAAUUUACAAGCUAUUUUUAUAUCAUUUUUUCUCGUAUACAGCUGGAUCUGUAGUUUUUUAAAGUUAAUUAUCUGUUCUUAUUUUGAGAUAAUAUUUUACAUAUCAGGGAUUUACUUCCAAAUAUUUUUUCUCCAAUAUAGGAGAUGAAUAUAUAGUUUAUAUACUUUUAUAAAAUACUGUAUAUAUAGUACGACUUAGAUUAUAAUAAAAUCAUAUGUAAAAUGAUUUCUAAGAUCAUAUUAUUUAAGAAUAUAUCUUUAUUGUACAGAUAAAUAUGAUGUGCCAUAGAAUAAGAGAAAUAUAUGAUCAGAUUGAUUAAAAAGUUCUUUUGUCUUUUUACAUAUGACUUUUGUAAUUAUACAAUAAGAAAAAGGGAUUAUCACUACAUGUGUUAAAUUCGUUAUUAAUUGAUCCUUAUAUAUGUAUGCAUAUUUUUAUUCCACAGAAUAAUUAUAAGUUAAUUUAUAUAUAUGCACAACUUAUUAUAUAGAAAUGAUAAAUAAAAAAGAUGUAUUAUUUUUAUAUAAAAUAUACAGUGUUUAUAU